GUAAAUAUCUGUUUAGCACACAUACAUACGCAUACACACAUAUACAAAUAUACAUAUUUAUUUAUUAUUUAAAAGAGAAAAAUAAUGUCUAAUGAACUAACAUUAACUUGGGAUAAAGAAUUAUCAAAUUUCUUUAAAGAAAUUGGACUUGUAGAAACUAGCGAAUGCCUGAAUUCUGAGCUUAUCGUCCUAUCUCGUCAUCGAUUAGAAAAAUUACCAGAAGCAUUAGAGGCGCUUGUCGAAAAACUUUUAAAAACACUUGAGAAACAUAUAGAUGCAAAAGAACAACUAUUAAAUAAACAUGAAAAAGAACAUGAGGAUCUGCUUGUUAAAAAAAGAACAUACGCAAGUAAGGAAGAAGAGGAAGAAGAGGAAGAAAGAGAAAGAGCCAAACGAUUUAAUAGUGAACAAGUACAGAUAAGGGCUACAACAAAAGAAGUUGAUCAACGCAUAGAUACAUUUAUUCAAGCAAAAAGAAAUGAAUUAGAUGAAAGUAAUCGAACAGAGUUCUUGAAUAGACGAGAUCCAGCUGCUGCUGAUGUGACUUGUGCAAGAACAGAUGCAAGAGAGAUCAAUCGAAAUAUUCAAAUGAAGUUUGAUAUUGUGAAUAACGAGGAUGGUCCAUUAGCUCGCUCAUUAAUAACAUCAUCAAAUACAGCGAAUACAAAGGAUAGUCAUGUAAACACCUCUGCUGAUAUAACAGAAAGAUUGAAUAAUAUAGAAGAGCAUCUCAACGUUAAAAUAGACGAAAUAGCAAAACCUUCCUUUUCUGUAUUUGAACGAAUUAAGAUACUAGAAAACACAUUAAUAGAGAUCGAAAAACAGUAUCCUCUUUGGGCAGCAGUUCAUUUUAACCAGCCUAAUCCACCGCAACAAACAGUCCUGAAGGCACAUGGAAGAGCUAAUUCUUCAUUAACACGGGCUGUCAUUGAUCAGCUAAAUAGGCAAAAACAAAUUUCUGUUACAAAGCAAACAAUAGAAUCAACAAAUCCAUAA